AGCGUCUUUGCUUCUACAAAAAAUAUGUCGACUAUAACGGCUUUUUUGCAGCAAGUGCGAUCUGCGUUUGACUACAAGAAUGGUCUCGUCCUUUGCCAGUUAUUUCAGUUCUACGACAGCGAUCCCAAUGUUCAAGCACUUCGCUACGAAAUGGCCCAGGGCAUUCAAUAUAAAGGCGUAAUAGAAUCAACUUUUUCAGACUAUACAAACGCUCAGAAAAACUUUCUAUCGGCAUACCUGAUUUUGGUUCAGCAUUUGAACGAUCCAGAUGCUCUCAAGGUUUAUGACCUUUAUUCAACAAUGUUCAGUAUGUACCUUGUUCAAUUUUCUGGUCCAGACUCCAACUGGCAAGUCCCACUGUUCAAGCAAUUGUCAUCCAUGCUUGUUCAGCUCGCGUUCCGAGUGGAUAAGAUGACAGGUUUUACCGGCUCAGACAAGGACAAAAAAUUGGAUGAUGCGACGCGCUUAUUAUCAAAAUGCUUCAACACUACGAUAUCAGACAGGAAUGAUGGAGGUCCAUCUGAAGUGUCAAAAAAGCAAGCUGUUCUUCAUGUCACAAACUUGGCUUUCAAGCUCUACUUCAAGCUCAGGCAAAUCAGAAUGUGCAGAACUUUUAUUAGUCAUCUUGCGAAAGAAAACGUUCAAAUCGAAGCCUUCCCGAAAUCUCAACAAGUCACAUAUCGAUACUACCUAGGGCGAUACUACUUAUUUGAAAGCCAGGUUCGAAAGGCGGAAAGGGAGUUGGAUAUCGCAUUCAGAAAGUGCACGCGCCAUGCCACAAGAAAUAAGAGGCUGAUUUUGAUCUACCUCAUCUCGGCGAGAAUGGUUUUGGGAACAUUUCCACGAACGGAGCUCUUGGCGAAAUACAACUUGAUGGAUAAAUAUCAAACCCUGUGCACGGCGAUCAAGCAAGGAAAUUUAUCUGGCUAUCAAUAUCAUCUAGAAAGACAUAUGCCAACGUUACUACGAGAAGGAAAUUACAUAAUGUUAAAGGAACGCGUCAAAGUCGUUAUCUGGCGGUGCCUAUUUCGAAGAGUUUAUAUAUUGUUACGGGAGCCUGGCAAAACACCUAUAUUGCCUUUUACACAAUGUCUGGUUGCGUUACAAUUUUCAUCCGGUGACCAAACUUAUGAUAUGCUGGACAUAGAAUGUUUAUUAGUUUCUCUCAUGGACCAGUCGUACUUGAAAGGAUAUCUGCAUCACCAAAAGCAAAUUGCCGUCUUGAGCAAGAAUCUGGCGUUUCCCCGUGUACGAGAUGUUCGCGUUAUCACAGAGAGAUACGACGAUGCUGCAGUAGCAGCGCAUGUAGCAGCACAUCCUGUGGCCUCUGGUUUACAGAAUGCUUCAGAAAGCGCAUUUAUGUCAAUGGAAACGUAAACCCAUAGCACAGAAAGGACGGAAGCAUUUGUAAACUAUUAUUUCCAUUCUAGCAACCAAUAUACAGUAUAAUGUAAUAACUAAUUAA